AUGACGCCCAGCAUCAGCGCCACCCUCAAGCAAGACCACCUCCAGAUCCAGGCCAUCUACCAGCGCAUCGUCGCGUCAGACAGCCGCGAUGAGCAGAUCCGCUGGCAGAACCUGUUUGUCUGGGAAGUCGCGCGCAACACCGUCGGCGAGGAAUUAGUUCUGUACCCAGCACUCGAGAAGCACGUCCAGGGCGGCGAUCGUCUUGCAAAGAAGGGGAGACAGGAAAACCAGGAGACUAAAAACCGCCUCAAGGCAUUCCAGCAACUCGACCCGUCAAAUAAAGACUUCAAGCCAAUGCUCAUGACCUUGAUGGAUGAUCUGGGAAGGCACAUGCAUGCUGAGGAAAUGGAGGACCUGGCGAUCCUGGAGGAGACGCUCUCCCCACACGAGAGUCGGAAUCUGGCCAAAUGGUUCUCCAGGACGAAGAUCUUUGUCCCGUCAAGAGCUCAUCCUCAUCUACCCAGUAAACCGCCAUUUGAGACGGCCGUGGGAUUGGUCGCUGCGCCUUUUGACCAGAUGAUGGAUUUGUUUAGGAAGUGGCCGAAUAAGGAUCUGGUUGGACCCGAGUGA